ACAAUGCACCACGAAGAAUGGCGGCGACUUGAAAAGAGUCUUACAAAUAUGUUCUUAAUUUUAAUCGUUUAAGAAUAUUGCAACUCUGCAAGUCAACAAAAAGUCGCCAUGGAUAGUCCAGAAGACAAUACCACAGUGUUUCGAAUGAUGGGAGAGUUUAAGAACUACAUUGCCAAAGACAUAGAGAGACAUAAGAAAGACCAGCAGAAUCGGGAGCGGGAGGGACAGCUGUUGUCAGCUCAGAGCCGCAUUGCCAAGCUGGAGGCUGAGAUGGAUAGCCUGAAAGCCAACCACAAGAGGUCCAGGAUGGAGUUUGAGAAAGAUGUGGAGCGGGAACGCAACAACCGAGAGGAAGAGUUCACCAAGGUGGAGGAGUUGAAGAAGCAGCUGGAGUUUGCCGUCAAGCAGGAGCAGCGGUGCCGUAAGGAGCUGGAAGAGACCCGCCAGGCUAAGACCGACAUGAAGGCCAAUUACGAGGCCACCAUCCAGGACCUGAGACAACAGAAACUCAAGCUGGAAACCACACUGCAAGAUCACCAGAUGUCAAGUCGCAUGCACAUCUCCCGAUUGUCAAAUGAAUUAACAAAGAAAACUUCAGACAUCAAGCUGUUGCAGACAGAUGUUGAAGAAGCAAAGACACGACUCCAACAUCAAAUGAGACGUGGCAUAGAGGCAUCGAGUAAUCGGAGAGCAAUGGAAGAAUACCGGAUGGAGCUAGUGAGCGCACAGCAAAAAAUCAAGGAUCUUGAGCAGAAAGUGCGAGAUCAAGAAGACGCGACUGCCAUAGCCAAAGCCGUACAGAAUGACGCAACGAGGCUUGUAGAUCUAGAGAGGGACAACAAGCAACUCCAGGAUGAAGUCGCAUAUUACAGAGAAGUGAAUGAGAACAAUGCACUCUUGAAGGAGAAGGCUAGUGGUCUGAAAUCCAAGCUGGAACGCACUGAGCACAGGUUGAAGGAAUUGGCUCAACUACAGGUGGAAAAUGAGGAAUUGAGAAUAAAAUUGGCAAGAUGGGAAAGCAUGGACUCCGACGCUGGCAAUAGACCAAGUUCCCCGUCCCAGUUGUCGGCCAAAAUCGCUAGUCUGCAGCAAGGUCAGGUUGCUCUGUUGGAGAAGCAGGGAAUUUUCCUGUCCAAUUCACAUUCGUUUGAGCAGGCCUACAGUGCCACAAAAGAAAAACUAGCCUCCACCACCCAGGAGUUACUGAAGCUCCAAGAGGAUAAGAAACAACAGGAAGAUCUGGUCAAGCGGCUGCAAAGGAGACUACUACUUCUCACAAAAGAACGGGAUGGAAUGAGACAAAUCCUGAAUUCCUAUGAUAGUGAAGUCACGAGUAUGGGCUAUGAACCACAGUGCAAUGACCGACUAAGACAAGCAGAGGCCAACCUACAAACUUGCCACAGACAGAUCGAAAUUCUGGAGCAUGACAUCAAGGCAGCUACAGAAGAGGCUGGCAAAUGCAGACUGGAAAAUAAACAGCUUGAGUCUCAGGUUGCCCAACUGCAGAGUGAACUUGCUGUGGCGAAGACAGUUCCGCCCGCCCCUACGCAGUCCCUGUCUAUGGUCACUGAUGAGACUACUGCUCAUCAGGCCGACGAUGUCCAGGCAUUGAAGAGUAGAAUAAAGGAGCUUGAAGAGGAGAACGUGAAAUUGGCUGAAAAGAAUGAGUCUCUGGAUAUGUUAUUGGAACGGAGAGCGCUGAAGGGUGAUUACGACCCCAUGAAAACCAAAGUCAUCAGCUUCUCCCAGAACCCAGCAGCCUUGGUGCGGCAGGAGCGGUCGGCCGAGAUGAAGCGCCUGAAGGAGGAGGCAGAGUUGUUGAGGAAGAGGGUGCAGGUCCUUGAGCAGGGUGGGGCUGGGGAGGACGUCACCCAGGUCGUCAUGGAGAAGAUGACGGAGUCGACUGCACAGGAGGUUGAAGAUCUCAAGAAGCAGUUGUCUGAGUCGGAGCUGCGCAACCAGCGCCUCAAAGAAGUCUUCCAGAAGAAGAUCCAGGAGUUCCGAGAGGCUUGUUACCGGCUGACAGGGUACCAGGUGAACAUAUCCAACGACAACCAGUACCGACUCAUGUCGAUGUAUGCAGAGAGGGAGACUGACGUGCUGCUUUUUCAGGCAACUGCGACUGGUGAAAUGCAGCUUCUGGAAAAUGACUUCUCAUCCACCCUGAGUGAUUUCAUUGACUCCUUCCUGCACCAGCAAGACAGUAUCCCAGCAUUCCUGAGUAGUGUGACCCUUGACCUGUACAGCCAUCAGACCAUGGUUGGUUGAAUGACCCAGGGCAUUCAAGUGUCACAGAUGAUCAGAAAUAUCUUAGUAUACAGUGAUUAGACAUUUACUAAAUUUUACUAAAACCACUUGUAAACAUGGGAUGGUAACGUUUCACCUAAUCACUUCUUGGCAAAGGCUGCAUUUAAAUAUUAGCUGGAAACCAAUCACAAGAGAUAUGUGCUAUUGCAUGGCAAGUUGACUGGUAACCUUUAUUGCUAUUUUUUAGCUAUAGUGUAAUUAUUUACUGCACUUAGUUCUUUGAGAUUUACUCUGGUUUAAUGGCGUACCAAAAAGAGCAGAGGAAUCUUCCAAUGAACUAUUUAAGAACUGUUUUAAAGAGAAACUAAAAAGUUCCAUGGUACGCCAUUUUUCUACCAGAGCAAAGAAUUAAAAAAAGGGAAAAAUAAACAAAGAAAAAGGAAACAAAAACCUCUAGAUGUAUAUGAGAUGCACUGCACUGUAAUGGAACUUAAACUGCUAGAAUUGUCCAAGCCUGACUUUGUUUUUAAAGAAACAUGAUUACAUUGUAUGUUGUUUCUCUUUGCCCAGGGUAUUUCGAUUUAAGUAAACAUUUGUAUCGAGGAACACUAAGGGCAUUGUGGUAAAGACUAACAAGCAUUUUCAUUUCAAUAAAAUUCCUGGACAAGCUUUUUUUUAUGAAUCCACAACGUAAACCCAGUCUUCAAACUUUCUUAGGGAUUCUUAAGCGGACAGACGAUUGGCAAAUUCUCGUUUAACAAAUGUAUCAAUACACUGAAAAAAAUAAUUUUUAGGUUGAAAUAAUGCAUAGUAGCCCGUCUUUGUUGUAUGAUUUUGGUUAAAAUAUUUAACUUUCAAUAAAACAGCAGCAUGCAGUGUG